AUGAGCGACGACGAACAGGUGUUGAGUGAAGAUGACGGUGCUGAUCUGUUUGAAAGUGACUCUGAAGAUCAGGGCAGUGAAACUGAGCUAUCACUCGCCUUACCAUCGCUAUCCCUCGACUCUUCAGAUGUCAGAUCACCUGACCACCAUGGUCUUGAUGAGGGUGCAGAACACGAAAACACUGACUGUGCUACCGAUCAAAAUGUUGAUAAUGACUUUGGCGUUGGUGUCGAAUCAUGUGCUGCAAAAACCGAAGGAGAGGGUCAUGAACUCUACGUCCACGAAGAUAUUUCAGCAAGAGCUGACGGUGAUGACCCUGGUUUAGCUGAAUUACAAACCUGUCGAUCUAGCCAGGACAAAUUACCAAGUGAAAAAUAUGAAGUUAGGAACGAAGAUGAUGUGGUGACUCAACCUCCUGCCGUGAUAGCACUAUGUGAAAGCCCAAAACUACCCGACCCUGAUGAUCAUCAAACGAUCGAUGCAGACCAGAAGUCACUCGAUUCUGACAAAAUUGACAACAAUCUCAGUAUUACGGAACAGGAUGAUUCUGACCACGAGGGAGGUGGUCGAGGCCUUCCUGACGGCGCUGAGCUCACACCAAGAAUUACCCCAUCAACGGAAAAUUCUACUGAGAUUCGAGACACUAGUGCAUCAUCUGCAGACAAAACAGUGCGCUUCGAGCCCAGCAACUACGUGCCUUUACCUGCUGCACACGAAGAACUCACUACAACACCAAACCCAGCACAAACCCAGCUCAAUGAAGAUACGAACGACCAAAACACCCCCGACAAAACGUCUAAUGAAAACUUGCAGCUACCGGCCGAAAUCAACCCGUCACACUCCACAGACGCAACAAAGCCACCAGUUUAUACCAUCGAAUCCCUGUUUCCUGUCGUAUACGAAGACAACAUUCCCAUAUCGCCUGGAAGUGAAAUUGCUCAAGUAGUGCCGAUAUCAAGUGGUUUUACGAAUACUAAAAAGCCGACUCGGAGGCGAAGAGCACAAAUCGACGAUAACCCGGAUAAGACUAUUGCUUCACGUUUAGCAGCUCUUCAAGCUCGACUUGAUGCAGCUAAAAACGAACUGGUCAAUGCAACUCGUACGCUCCAACUAAAGCUGUCGAUAGUUGAGACUGAUAACAAGAAACUGUCAGAACGGAACGCUCGUUUGAAGACUCAGCUCUCGUUGGCAACUGCUAACCUGCAGCGAACUACCGCUGAAAUGAUCAGACUCAACACUGAGAACGAGGUAUAUGCUGCUAAACUACCACAAUUGCAAGCUGAAUUGCUAGACGAGACGUCGCAAGUAGAUGAAACACAAGCCCAAUCCGUGCAGACUCAGCUGGCUUUGACGCAACUUAGGGCACGAUCGCAUGUCCUCCAAACACGAAAAAAUUCUCUCGAGGCGCAGAAUAACAAAUUAACACAAAAACUACGAGAAUGUCAGCAACAAUUGAGGCGUAAAACGGCAGCGUUGCAGCAACAGACCGAAAAGGCGAACAAAUUUGAGCUCGACUUGAACCAGCUCAAGACCACUCACACACAAGAAAAACUCGACUGGAAGAACCGGUUGACGGCUGCAUUAAAGCGAUUUGAGCACGAUAAAACGAAGUUAGAAAAUGAAUUCAAAGCUGCAGAGAGAAAAGUGGUCCGUGAGAUGAAGGGCAGAGCGGAGAAAGCUCUUAAGAAGCGACGUACUGCAGAAGCCACGACUGUUAGGCUGAACGAGCAACUGAAGCAAUGCAAAUGGGAACUCUCAUCGGCUAAUGACAUGGUCCUAGGCCGCACAAACGAAGUCCGAACUCUCGAGGCUCUUCUGCGCAAGGCACAUCGUACUGAAGCCACGCUUCGCAAUGACCUGGCUAUCUGUAAGACUAGGUUACACUCUCUUCAGGACGAGAAGAAGCGUAGCAUGGCACGUUCUGGCAUUGUGCGAACUCGUCGUCAUCGACUUGGAAACCAGGUUCCUAUUGAGAUGCUGCUAACUGAUAGUAGCGACGACGAAGACCAAGACAACCAGACGAUUUCUACCUUCCAGACGAUCAGUAAUGCCUGGGAUGAGUCUCUGGGUGGUUCCAAGUUUGACCUGCGUUUGGCUGAGCACCUGGCGAAGGAGUUUAGUGAGAAGAUUGGCGAGGAUAUCCGCAAGGUGCCUCGUCCGAUGGCCAAGAUCCGUGCUCAAGCCAAAAAGACCAAGACGGUGCUGUCGGCCAAUGAGGAGAUCCCUGUGGUCAUGCAGAGUCUGUACAAUGACAUUGACUUCUUCACGUCCAUGACUCGCUCCAAGCUCGAGGAGCUUUCUUCGGACCUGUUUGACCGCACCUUGAAGCCUGUGGAGGUGGCUCUGGAGAAGGCUGGGCUGACUGCUGCCGACAUUGACGAGAUUGAGAUCAUUGGUGGUGGUGUGCGUAUGCCCAAGAUCCAGCAACAGCUCACGGAGUUCUUCGACGGCAAAGAUCUGGGUGUGCAUCUGAACGGUGACGAGGCGAUGGCUCUAGGUGCCGCUUUCCGUGCCGCCAACCUCAGCAACUCGUUCCGUGUGCGUCAAGUGGGAAUGACUGACAUUGCGUCGUACCCGAUCGGUGUGCGUCUUGUGGAUCUGUCGGCUACUGAGCCCACGGACAGCAACAACGACGAUGAGGUGGAGACCAAGCAGUGGAUGAAGCGUGCAGCUCUGUUCUCGGAGUCGCACCGCCUCGGUCUGCGCAAGUCUGUGUCGUUCUCGCACUCGAAGGACGUAUCCUGCACGUUCCGCUACGACAAGCCGUCGAUGCUUCCUGCCGGUGUGAGUGUACAGAUCGCCAAGUUCAACAUCACGGGCGUUGAGAAGUUUGCCGCUCGUAUGGCCGAGAAGAACCUGGGCGAGCCUAAAGUGACGCUCUCUUUCGAGCUGGACAGCAACGGUAUUGCUCAAAUUGCCAAGGCUGAAGCCACGCUAGAAGAGGAGGUUGAAGUUGAAGUGGUUGUGAAGAAGGAGAAGAAGAGCAAGAAGACGAAGAAGGAAGACAGCAGUGCUGACAGCAGCGAAGCUGGUGACGAGGAGGAGGCCGAGGAAAAGCCAGAGACGAGGAUGGAGAAGCAGAUCAAGACGCACCGUGAGAAACUGACGGUGGUGCGUGCACACGAGACGCGUGAGCCUGAAGAAGGCAUGAGUGUGCUGUCUAUGAGCGAGGCUGUCAAGAAGGAGUCGAUGCGUAUGUUGAACGAGAUGGAGAAGGCCGACAACAAGCGUCGUGCUGACUUGGAGGCCAAGAACAACCUCGAGACCUUCAUUUACAAGGCUCACGAUGCUCUGUCCGCCCAGGAGAGCGACAUUAAGCAGGUUACGGUGCCGGAGCAAAUUGAGUCGCUGCAGACCAAACUGGACGAGACGGAGGAAUGGCUGUACGAUGACGGCGACAAGGUGGAGGCUGCUGAGUACAAGAAGAAGAUGGAUUCACUGGACUCGGACCUCAGCGCCAUCCUCUUCCGCGUGGCGGAGCUGAAGGAGCUGCCGAUCGCCAUCAACACUGCGCAGGAGUACGCCUUCAGCACGCGCGAGCUCAUGACCGAGUGGAGCACGAGCAAGCCACAGGUGACGGACGAGGAGCGCAGUGACGUGCUCGAGAAGAUUGACGAGCUGGAGGCGUGGCUGACCGAGUCGGAGGCGUCGCAGAAGGCUGCUCCCAAGUACGAGAAGCCUGUGGUGACGUCGGCGGACGUGGCCAAGAAGGUCCAGGGCGUUAAGAAGUUCGUCGCCGUCCUGGCCAAGCGACCGAAGCCACAACCGGUGAAGACCGACAAGAACGACACCGAGAAGGACGACUCCAAGACUGAGGAAGAGACCUCGUCCAAGGAUACCGACACUGAUGAGACCGCUGAACCUGAGGUCAAGGAGACCGAGGAGAAGGAGUCUACUGACGAGAAGGAUGAAUUGUAG